AUGAAGAGAACAUCAUCUUAGUAGAGUAUAGAAGGAAGGAGGGAUUCAAAUCAUUUCGUAGGACUUGCAAGUGAGAACGAGAAACUUCAUAAAUAAAAUGAAUCCUUGAUGAAGGAAUUAAGUCUGAUUAAGAACGAUUUUGAGAGGAUGUCUUAAAAUGGUUAGAAGACAGUCAAGAAUGGACGCAGAAAGAGUUGUGAAAUCACAGGGGAAAUGGUCAAUUUACAAUAAAUUAAAUCUCUCGAAGAAGAACUACAAAAUACACAAUUGAGAUUCAACACAUUAAAGAAGGAAUUCUCUAUUAAAACUACUUAAUAUUAAAAUCAAUUAACAAAAUAGUCAAAUCUAAUUGCUUAGCUAUAAAAUGAAAAUGAGAUGUUGAAGAUUAAGGUUGAAAAUAAAGAAAAUUAAAAUUUGGAGUUUAAGUAUUAAGAGAAUUUUUUGGAAAAAUCAGGCAUCAAAAUAAUAAAUGAGAAUCAAAAGAUUAAAUAAUUAUCCGAAAGCAAUAUCAAAUUGACCAAAUUACUUGAAGACAGAUUGGUUUAAUUAGAAUAGUUAACUAAGACACUAAAUCUAAAGAAUUAAGAGCACAUGAAAGAAAUAGAAAAGUACGAAUCUCUAUUAAAGGAAAGGACUCAUCAUUCUUCUUUAUCUUAAGGAAAAAGCCUUGAAUCCUUGUAAAAAAGGAUAGAUAUUCUCGAAAAAGAUAAAAUUAGAUUAACUGGUGAACUAACUAAAACCAGAGAUUUAAAUUCCAAAGAGAAAUAAAUGUUAUUAAAAGAAAAGUAAAACAUAAAUUUAGAAAAGGAGAAGUUGCACUCAGAUAUGUCUAUUAUUUAGUAAUAAUUAACUGAUUAUUACAAUUAAUUAUAGUAAUGUGGAUAAUAACUUAAACAGAAGGAUGAGAGUAUUAAAUAGUUUCAAUAAUCUGAGAGUUAUUAAGGGUAUUAAAAUUAAUAGUAUGAAAACUAACAAUAAAAAUCAUUGAUCACUUAAUUACAAGUGCAGAUUGGAAAUCUUCAGCAAACCAAUAAAGCUCUCCAUGAAGAACUACUAUUUUUAAAGACUACUGCUCCUUUGAGCAAUAGAACAAAUUUGAAGACUUACUUUGGAGUAGACUCUCCAUUCAAAAAUAUAGCAGAUGAGUAAAAUAAGUAUAAUAUCACUUUAAAGACAAGAACGUAAAGUUCAUUAGAUUAGAGAGGUAGAUCUUAGGAGAAGUAUAAAAGGAUAGAAUGA